AUGCUUCCAGCAAUGUACGGUCAAGUCCAGGAUCCAUUGGUACACGCAGCAGCAGCUUUGGCACAGUCAACAAACGCCGAACCAGUCGUAGGUUCACGUGACACCAUGUUCACCAAAAUCUUUGUUGGUGGUCUGCCAUAUCACACCAGUGACAAGACACUUCACGAAUACUUUGAACAGUUUGGAGACAUCGAGGAGGCAGUCGUCAUCACCGAUCGUAACACCCAAAAGAGUCGUGGAUACGGAUUUGUCACCAUGAAAGAUAAGGCAUCUGCUGAUCGUGCCUGCAAAGAUCCUAAUCCAAUCAUUGAUGGAAGAAAAGCAAAUGUCAAUUUGGCGUAUCUCGGAGCGAAGCCAAGAAACAAUGUGCAACUUGCCGCGCUGGCCGCUGGACAAGUACAACUUCCACUCACCACUCAACUUCAAGCUCUGUUUCCUCAACGAAUCGGAAUUCCUCAAAUGUAUUAUCCAGCUGUUACUGGAUUCAAUCCGUUGAUUUCCGCUCAAGGAGCCGCCGCCCAACAACAAUUGAUUGAUUACUCUGCUCUUGCAGCAGUCAUGGGACAGAACCCACAAGCCGCUUACGGUCUUCAGGCUCAAGGAAAAUUUGCCUCCGCCGGACCAACCACAAUUGAGCAAUACGCCGCCUACCCAGCAGGGUAUGGACUCGUUCCACAAGCUGCCUAUAACAUUGGAAACUCGCAACUACAAUUGGCUGCCGCACAGCAGCAACUUGAACAUCAACGUGUGUAA